UGCACAUCACUCGACAGUCCACACAGUGCAUAUAAUCGAUCUCUCUGCGAUCGACCGCGGCUGCGCCAUGGCGGCGCGACAGCAGCACGCCGCCGUGCUCGCCAUCGGCACGGCGAACCCGGCGAAGUGCGUGGUGGCGCAGGAGGAGUUCGUCGACUGGUACUUCCGGGUCACCCAGAGCGACCACCUCCCCGACCUUAAAGCCAAGAUGAAGAGGAUGUGUGACAAAUCAGCCAUCAAGAAACGCCAUUUCUACCACUCCGAGGAGACGAUCGCCGGCCACCCUGAGUUCAUCAACCGCGCUCUUCCUUCCCUCGACGCGCGCCUCGGCAUCGCCAAGGACGCCGUGCCGGAGCUGGCCAUGGCCGCCGCGGCGAGGGCGAUCGCCGAGUGGGGCCGCCCCGCCGCGGACGUCACCCACCUCGUCGUCUCCACCAACGCCGGCGCCCACGCGCCCGGCGCCGACGCGCGGCUCGCGGCGCUCCUCGGCCUCCGCGCCACCGUGCAGCGCGCCGUCCUCUACAUGCACGGCUGCAACGCCGGCUGCACCGCGCUCCGCCUCGCCAAGGACAUCGCCGAGAACAACCGCGGCGCGCGCGUGCUCGUGGCGUGCGCGGAGGUGACGCUCCCGCUGUUCGCGGCCCCCUACGAGGCGCGCCUCGACGCGCUCGUCGCCAUGGCACUGUUCGGCGACGGCGCCGGCGCCGCCGUCGUGGGCGCGGACCCGACGACCCCCGUCGAACACCCGAUCUUCCACGUGGUGUCGGCGUCGCAGGCGACCAUUCCGGGGACCGAGGAGGGAGUCUCCCUGCUGCUGGGCGAGCGCGGCCUCGACUGCAGGAUCUCCGGCGAGGUGGCGGCGCUGGUGCGCGGCGGCGUCGAGCGGUGCCUGCUCGACGCGCUGACGCCGCUCGGCCUCGGCGCCGGCGCCGGCGGGUGGAACCACCUCUUCUGGGCGAUGCACCCGGGCGGGCGCGCGAUCUUGGACGCCUACGAGGCGGCUCUCCGGCUGGAGCCCGGGAAGCUGGCGGCGAGCCGGCGGGUGCUGAGCGAGUACGGCAACAUGAGCUGCGCGGCGAUCAUCUUCGUCCUCGAUGAGCUGCGACGCCGGUGCCGGCGGGAUGGUGGGGAAGAAGAGGAGGAGUCGGACGAGUACUGCGAGUGGGGAGCUAUGGUUGGGCUCGGGCCGGGGCUCACCAUUGAGACGAUCGUGCUGCGUGCCACCGGCGGCGGCCAUGUCGACGACGAAGGCAAGAAGUCCAUUGCGGCCUAAUUACGGAGUACUUGAAGUACUGCUUCCUGCUUAAUUUGAACUUCAACUUGAAGUACUCCAAUGGCGCUAAUUGCGGCCUAAUUUAAAUUAGCGCCAUUGGUUGCCAAUCGAGUUUGAACUUGAACUUAAAGUACUGCUUCCUGCUUAAUUGAAGCAGUAGACUUAUAUAUAUAUAUAUAUAUAGGACACUCAUAUGGGGCACCAUGGUGCCCGGGCACCAUGGU